AUGGGUGGAAAAAUUGAUAGGACUUUGAAUAAUGGUACUGCACCACCUGUUUUCCGCUUACACGGUCAGAAUUUCCACCUUUUGGGAAGCCUAAUGCCUGAAUUUGGCUCUCGACCGAAGUUUGCUCAAUUGUACAUAUAUGAUACUCAAAACGAAAUACAAAAUCGCAUCGAUGCAAUUAGAGAAGAUGAUGUUCACAAUAAACUACAUGCAGAGAUAGUACAAGACAUACAAGACGCAUUAGAUCAAAACAAUGUCUUAGUAAAAAGUUUUCGCAUGGCAAGAACAGAGAUUGAAACAAAUCCGAUGGCAGAGAUUAAGAUCAAAUUAAUAGGAAAGAGGAAUAAGGAUGCGCGAACGUAUAAUUUACCACAAGUCAGUGAAGUGGCGGCUUUGAUAGUGGGAGACUUAGAUCCAAAUAUGGGAGAACGUGAUAUCUUGGUGGAAUCAAGAUCUGGUAUUUUUAAAAGGAUUAGUGAAUUAAACCCGGCCUAUCUACCACUGCAGUACCCAUUGUUAUUCCCAUUUGGUGAAGAUGGAUAUAGAGAGGAUAUUCAAUUCUCAGAUGCUCUGACCCAUGGUGAACUUGAUCCAUCUGCCCAAGGCCGUCGAAUUAUUUUGCCUUCAACUUUUACAGGUGGUGCAAGAUAUAUGGUCCAAAAUUACCAGGAUGCGAUGGCAAUAUGUCGAUGGAUUGGGUAUCCAACUCUCUUUAUUACAUUCACAUGUAACCCAAAAUGGCCUGAAAUUGUCAGAUUUUUGGAAGAGAGAAGGUUAAAGGCAGAAGAUCGGCCAGAUAUAAUAUGUCGUGUCUUUAAGAUGAAGUUAAAUGCUCUAAUCAAGGAGAUUCGUAAAGAAAACAUAUUUGGUUCUGUUCUAGCAGUGAUUUAUACCAUUGAAUUUCAGAAAAGAGGUUUACCGCAUGCCCACAUAUUGUUGUUUCUGGCAAAUCACCGUGGGUCUGUGGCUGCAACAGAUUUAGACAACUUCAUUUCAGCAGAUAUACCAAGUGAGUUGUGCGACCCAGAGUAUCACAAAGCAGUAGAAGAAUUUAUGAUGCACGGUCCGUGUGGUACGUGUAGGAAGAAUUCACCAUGCAUGGUUAAUGGUAGAUGCUCCAAAUAUUAUCCAAAGAAAUUUGUAGAGAAAUCAACAAUGGAUGAAGAGGGUUAUCCUGUUUACCGUAGGAGUGACAACGGUAGGACCAUAAAGAAAAAUGGUAUUGAUCUAGAUAGCAGGUAUGUCGUUCCACACAACAGGCAUUUAUUGGUGAAGUAUAGGGCUCAUAUAAAUGUAGAGUGGUGCAAUCAAUCCAGAUCAAUUAAGUACUUAUUUAAGUAUGUGAACAAGGGGAAUGAUCGGGUUACGGCUGAAUUCUACAACAGUGUUGCUGAUGAAGCUAAUGGAAAGGUAAUCGAUGAGAUCAAGAUGUAUUAUGAUUGUAGGUAUAUUUCACCCUGUGAGGCAGCAUGGAGGAUGUUCGCCUUUGAUAUACAGACGAGGGAUCCGUCUGUAGAGCGCUUGAGCUUUCAUCUACCAAAUGAGCAAUCAAUCAUAUUUAAUGAUGAUGAUGUUGUCAAUGAUGUUGUUAACCGUUCAACUGUGAGACAAAGUAUGUUCACGGCAUGGUUUGAUGCUAACAGCAAAUAUAGCGAGGCAAGAAACUUGACUUACGCUGAAAUGCCAACAAAAUUUGUAUGGAAAAAAGAUAAGAGAGAGUGGCAUCCAAGGCAAAGGAAGUUUGCAAUUGGUCGUAUUUUUUAUGUUCCGCCAAAUAGCGGAGAAAUCUUCUAUCUUAGAUGUUUACUUAAUAUUGUGCGUGGACCAAGGUCCUUUGAUGAAAUUAAAUAUUUUGAGGGGGUGCAGUAUACUUCAUUUAGAGAUGCCUGUUAUGCACAUGGUUUAAUCGAGGAUGAUAAAGAGUAUGUUGACCCGAUUAGUGAAGCAGCGAUAUGGUCCUCAGCACAUUCUUUACGUAAAUUGUUUGUAACCUUAUUGACAUCAAAUUCAAUGGCGAAACCAGAGAAAGUGUGGGAUAUUGUUUGGCAAUACCUAGCUGAUGAUGUUGAGUUCAAUGCUAAAAGAAAUACAAGUAAUCCAGAUUUGAUGCUCAAUGACGAACAGAAGAAAAAUGGGGCACUAAUGGAAGUGGAAAAGUUGUUGAAUGCUUGGAACAAGUCUCUAAGUGAUUAUCCACCAAUGCCGAUGCCAGUGGAAAGUCAUGAAUACUAUUUCGGUAAUCGGUUGUUAUACGAAGAAUUGGCGUAUGACAAAGAAGCUUUAAAGCUAGAACAUGAAUCUCUGUUUUCUAAACUAACUGAUGAACAAUUACUCAUAUACAACAAAGUGAUUGUGGAUGUUGAAUCUAAUAAAGGUGGUUUGUUCUUUGUUUAUGGAUAUGGUGGAACUGGCAAGACAUUUUUAUGGAGGACACUGUCGGCUGCUUUAAGGUCAAAGGGACAAGUUGUUUUGAAUGUAGCAUCAAGCGGUAUAGCCUCGCUACUUUUACCGGGUGGAAGGACUGCACACUCAAGAUUUUCUAUCCCCAUUGCAGUGAAUGAAGACUCAACUUGCAACAUUAGCCAAGGUAGUCCACUUGCUGAAUUGAUUAUAAAAGCUAAGUUAAUCAUAUGGGAUGAAGCUCCGAUGAUGCACAAACAUUGUUUUGAAGCAUUAGAUCGGACAAUGAGAGACAUAUUGCGAUUCACCAAUCCAAAAAGCUUAGAAAUGUCUUUUGGUGGAAAAACAGUGGUACUUGGAGGUGAUUUUAGACAAAUACUACCAGUUAUACCAAAAGGCAGCAGACAAGAAAUAGUACAAGCAAGUAUAAACUCAUCAUACUUGUGGAGUAAUUGCGAAGUACUACGCUUAACCAAGAAUCUUAGGUUGCGUGGAAUUUCAAGUGCAGAAGAAGUUGCUAAGUUAAACAGCUUUGCAAAAUGGAUUGCUGAUCUAGGAGAUGGAAAUUUAGGAGAAGAGAAAAAUGGUGUCUUCAAUAUAAGGAUUCCAGAUAAUUUUGUUUUAAGAAAUGAAGUUGACCCCAUAGCAGAAAUUGUCCAAAGCACAUUUCCUUCAUACGGUCAUGGUCAAUUUGAUCAUAAAUUUUUAGAGUUCCGAGCUAUAUUAGCUCUAACAUUAGAUGUUGUGGACAAGGUGAAUGAAUACAUGAACAGUAUGAAUGAGGCAACUUCCAAGACAUAUUUGAGCUGUGAUUCGGUUUGCAAGUCAGAUACAAGUUCUGAUAUGUUAUCGGAGGUUCACACUACAGAGUUCCUUAACAGUUUGAGAUGCUCCGGUGUUCCAAACCAUUCUUUAACAUUAAAGGUUGGAUCGCCAAUUAUGCUGCUCAGAAAUAUAGACCACUCAUUGAGAUUGUGCAAUGGUACAAGGUUGAUCAUUACACAAUUAGGAAACCAUGUCAUUGAAGCUCAAAUUCUGUGUGGCAACAAUGCAGGCACCAGGGUAUUAAUACCAAGAUUGGGAUUGACUCCUUCUGACCCAAGACUACCGUUUAAAUUUCAGAGGAAGCAAUUUCCAAUAAUGUUGUCAUAUGCUAUGACAAUAAACAAGAGUCAAGGACAAACUUUAUCUAAUGUCGGACUACUAUUAAAGAAACCCGUGUUUAACCAUGGACAGUUGUAUGUAGCAGCAUCUCGGGUAAGUAAUCCAGAUGGGCUGAAAAUCUUAAUAUGUGGAGACUCGAAUGUGGGUUUGAACACUACAGGAAAUGUAGUGUACAAAGAAAUUUUCAAUAAUUUGUAA